AUGUCAGGUUCCCCCCAUGAGCACGUCGCUGUCAUAGGGAGCUCAUGCCGGCUCCCAGGAAACGUAACUAGUCCGACACAAUUCUGGACCAGUCUUCUCGACGGAAAGUGGGGCGAAUGCAACCGACCUCCUCCGCCCUCACGUAAUUUCAGCGGGUCCUCGCGAAACCAGUACCGAGGGGGUUGGCUUGGUCCUGAAGGUGUUGAAGACUUCGAUGCGUCUUUCUUCAAUGUGACUCCUGGAGAAGCCACUACCAUGAGGCCGAACUCUCGUCUGGCGCUGGAGUUGACUUGGGAAGCUCUGGAAAAUGCCGCGAUAGUCCCUAGCACCCUGAAGGGGAAGAACGUAUCUGUAACAAUUGGGAUGGGGAAUGAAGACGGCUGGGCAUUACGGAGGUUCGCCGAAGACGGCCAAAAGGCUUUCGACCAUAACUGGGCUCAGAUCUUCGAUCCAAGCGCUGUCGCGGGCCGUGUCGCGCACUUUUUCGACUUUCGCGGCGCUACUUGCACAAUCUCCUCUGCGUGUGCGAGUGGAAUGCAAGCUCUCGAAUAUGCAAUUCACACUAUCAUUGCCCAAAAUGCGGAGCUCGCAGUUGUCGGAGGAAUUGCCACCCAUUUCUCUGAGUCGUCGUUCCUAUGGGCUUCGUCGCUGAAGAUUCUGUCAUCGACAGGGAGAUGCUCUGCAUUCUCGCCGACGGCCGAUGGUUACGUUCCUUCAGAAGGGGCCGUUCUGUUCAUCCUGAAAAGAGCCGACAUUGCAAUGCGUGACCGAGAUAGAAUUGAUGGUGUCAUCCGCGGUCUGGCUCUCCGAAACAAUGGCCGAACCCCGAGUAUUACCAGUCCUGAUGCAGUUGCGCAAGCGUCCCUCCUGCGCGAAGCCCUGGAUGCGACGAACGUGAGCAAGGAACAGGUAGUGUUUCACGAAGCGCAUGGUACCGGUACCUUACUGGGUGACAUGAUCGAGUUAGAGGCCAUCCAGGACGUACACCGAUCGCCUCGAACUGAGCCUCUGUAUUUGACAACGUCCAAAACGGUAGUCGGUCAUUGUCAAGCCGCCGCUGGGCUAGUAGGCCUGUUGAAGGCACUCCUAUGUUUCAAACAUCGCAAGAUACCCCCACAUCAUGUGCAGCCCUUUCCGGACCUGAAUGAGGGAUCAGUUCGAGUGCCGAUUUCCACAGUGUCACUUGAGGUCGGACGACCUCUGAUCGCUACUGUUAGUAGCUUCGGUUUCACUGGGGGCAUCACGUGUGCUGUGAUAGAAUCUGGCCCUAUAACAAGAGCAGAAGAAUCGCCGGCUCCACUUUUGGAUCGCCAUAUCUUCCUUUUUUCUGGGAAGACGUACGAGGCGUUACUGGAGUCCGUGUCAGACGUAACUGAAUACAUACGGACAUGCCCAUCGGCGGUAGCGGAAGUGGCCACAAUCCUGUGUGCCGGUCGGGAGCAUCAUUCGGUUCGCAGGGCUAUCAUAGCAGCCGACGGAGAUGACUUGGAGCGAUGUAUGGCGGGUGAAAUACCUGUCUCAGGAUCCAACAAUAUUCGCAGCUCCUUCCAGUCGUUAUCAUCCAGCGAGUUGGGACUCCUUCCGGAUGGUAUAGGCUUUAUGGGAUGUGGGCGCUUGGACGCUCAGCGCCUAAUAGCAGAUGGUCUAAGCAUCGAUGCUCUAGCCAAAUUAUUUGAGAGUGAUCAUUCUAUCGACUUCAGAAGUCUGUAUGACAGGUCAACUAUAUCUCCCGGACACCUGUGCCGAUUUCCGUUAUACCCUUUUCAACGGCAAUUUUGGUGGCCGACCACGCAUUCAUCUUCAACAAGUCGAACAUUCUUAGAACCCCUCAGUCCGACAGAUACUCCGCAGGCUCUGUGCAAUUCAAGUACCAGUCUCGAUACUCCGAUUUCGAUUGUUGCCAACGCGGUGGGGGCUGUUCUUCAUCUCGAUCCUGCUGCCCUGGACACUAUGGCCAACAUAUUCGAUCUUGGCAUCAAUUCCAUUAACAGCAUCGAGCUAGCUCAGCUAUUAUCGAAUGCCUUUUCACGCCACAUUGCGGGGGAGGACUUGUAUAAUCUCUUAACGUUGCAGUCGAUAUGCGACUUCCUCUGUGGCCACUCCACCACGCAACCUGCAUAUUCACAAUCUUCUCUGGAGUCCUUUGUAGAAGAGUUCAGCUCGCCUCUCUCUGCCUUUCCCUCUGUUUCCUUGCCCUGCCCCCCCGGAAAGCGGGACGCCUGCACUAUUGUUCUGACGGGGGCCACCGGCUUUCUUGGUUCGCACAUUGUGGAGCAUCUCCUGGUGUCUAGAAACUCCACAGUCUACUGUCUCAUCCGAGGAGAUUCUCUCCUUCGGCUCCGUUCAUCCUUCCGGUCCAAGUGUCUCAAUAUCGACGCCUUGAAUGGAGCAAUCCUGUCUGGUAGACUCCGUUGCAUCUCCAUCACAGACCUUGCCGAUCCUGGAAUAGGAUGCACUCGGGAAGAAUACGAAGAGCUUCUGGGUAGUGCAGACGUUGUGCUGCAUUGCGCAUGGAGAGUUGAUUUCAACUUGCAUUUCAAGGCAUUCCAAUCUGACCUUCGUGCGACUCGACACCUAGUCCAGUUCUGCGCCUUGAGUAGGAAGCACGUGGUACUCCAUUUUGUAACGAGCUGUUCGACAAGUUCUGGUUACGAUGGCCAAAUGGUGCCGGAAGCACCGCUGGAACUGAGAUUGGACUACUGUCUACCACAGGGGUAUGCAUUCUCCAAACUCGCCGCUGAGCAUAUGCUGUACCGCAUGCAUGAUCCGGAAAGCUUCGACCUCUGCAUUAUGCGAGUUGGUCAAAUCUGCGGUGACUCCUCCCGUGGGAUCUGGAAUGAUAACGAGAUGAUACCUAUGGUAUUAUCCUCCAUCCCAGUACUACAAGCGGUCCCGCAGGAACUGCCAGACGUCACGUGGGUUCCUGUCGAUAUAUGCGCCGCUGCUCUAUGCGAAAUCAUAUUGGAUGGCGAAUUGCGAUCGCUGGAUGUGUAUAAUAUUACAAAUCCACAUGCCACAGGAUGGCCUCAAGUCGUGGGAUAUGCGGCCGAAGCUCUUUCGUGCCCCGCACCUCCCUUUCUACCUUUUGAGGAAUACAUCGAAGUUCUACGUGACCAGUCGUCUCACAAAUCCCCAUGCGUCAGGGACAGUAUCCUUUCCAUCUCUCGCUUAAUCCCUGCGUUAUCCUCCAGGUCCAUAUGCAGACCCGCAUUCUGCAGUCUUGACGUCGCACGAGCAGUCAAAGCCAGUGCUACCUUGGCAAAUUGCCCCCCGGUUGAUUCGGGAUUGGUCUCCCUAAUCAUACAACACAUGAAAAAGAACAUUCCAAUGGCGCAUCCAGAAACCACGGAUGGAGAGAUACAGAAGGAAGUAAGAUCCUCUGCUUCUAGUGGCCGAGUCGUAUUCCUUUUCGGCCCCUCCUCUGGAGCAGUCAAGUUAUCUUCCGAGAACGCCAAGCAUCGUCGCAUAUUCGAGAGGCUGAUGACGCACGCCAUGACUGCAUGCCCAUGCCUUCCCGACCUUGUUCGGAGCAAUUAUGCCUGGUCGGAACGUUAUUCAUCCUUAUUAAAAGCCCAAUUACAUACGCUCGCAUUUCAACUUUAUCAAGUGGAAGAUCUCGCGAAGAGGGGCAUAUACCCAUCGAUCGUCUUGGGAUACUGCUUCGGGGAGUUUGCAGCAGCCAUUACGAGUGGUGCAGCAUCCGAAGAGAAUAUCACCAGGACUAUUGUGCUACGCAUAUCGGCUAUCUCAGGGCACUCUUGUGUAGCCAACGACACCCGUCGACAGGAACCGGUCAAUUCAGGACAUCCUCUUGCUGCGUCUUGUGAGGGAUCAAUGCUCAACGUUUUCGCUCCAAUCGAUUUCAUCCGCCGAAAUCUUCUGCACAUAACUCCAACGCCUGAGAUAGCCAUACAUGGUGGUCCUCGGCAUGUGGUACUCACCGGAAGCCAGGCAGCAAUAUCAGCUAGUGACACUUACCUCAAGGAACGGAAUGUGGCAUGCGCAAUAGUCGAUACGACCGUUCCAUCCCAUUCACGCCUUAUGGACGGAGCAAUUCAGUUGUUGCGAGGGGCUCUAGUUGACGGAUCCAGUGGUGAUUCAAUGCUUGAAGAUUCCCCGGCUAAGUCCAGGGCCGAUCAACAGUGCACUUAUGUCUCUGGAUUGACCGGUAGAACAAUGCCGCUGGAACUAGUGGGGCUCAAUUACUGGCUCAGACACAUGCGUGAACCGCUGAGAUUCUUCGAGAGUAUGUGCACUGUUCGUCGCAUUUGUCGGCAGGAGCGAGGAUCCGUGGAUGAGAGCUGGACCUUCCUGGAUCUAGGUCCGGACUGUGUUCUGACCAACAUGGUGAACCGGUACGAAUGGGAUGACGUGAAGGUAUACAAGCCGGGACCGUACAUGAAUGUCGACUACCGGAAGACCAGUGCUGCUGGUCUUGAAGUGCCGCAUGCCAGGAAAGGCGACAGGGCUAGCGGGCCUACAGGAGAGACCACAUUCAGUUCGACUGAAGGAUAUGAUGAGGUCACCGAAGUCUGUCUGUCAAUAAUAUCGUCCAUUUUGCAAUACUCAAAACAUUCAUACCCAACCCUUCUUCAAGAGUCUCUCCAAUCAAUGGGAUUGGACUCCCUUGGGUUUGUUCGCUUACGCACGGAACUGAAAGGCAAGAUGGGUGUUACUAUCCGGCCAUCUGCCUAUACCUCAGAGCUGACGCUGCGGGAACUGCUUAAACGGGAUGGACUGGUUGCCGCGCCUGAAGUGGUCGCUAGGCCGACGUGA